AUGAGUGAAGACCUCAUGUUUGAUCCAAACUCUGGAGACCAGAUAAUUAAGGAACGAGGAAUAUGUUUGCAGGAAGACUGCAAUGCAAAAAGAAUGUACGAAGUUUUCAAAGAAUGCGAGAGUAGGGUUAAAGGAAAACCAUAUACCGCUGAGACUUGUGAGGAAGAGAUCGUGGAUUUGAUGGAAGCUCUCGACAGAUGUGUCGGUCAUAAGGCAUUUAAUAAGUUUGCUUAA